AUGCCUGAACCUGUCCCAGAACCUGCUAAGAAGGAGGAAAAUGAAGUGCCAGCCCCAGCCCCAGCCCCAGCCCCACCCCUGGAAGAACCAAAUAAAGAGAAGGAAGCCGGAACUGCACCAGCAAAAGAAUGGUCUCUUGGAGAAUCACCUGGCACCGAGGAUCAAGACAAGCAGAACGCCAAUUCUCAGCUGUCCAUCCUGUUUGUGGAAAAGCCUCAAACAGGAACAGUGAAAGUUGGUGAAAAUAUCACCUUUGUAGCCAAGGUCAAGGCUGAAGAUCUUCUUAGAAAACCCACUGUCAAGUGGUUUAAAGGGAAAUGGAUGGACCUGGCCAGCAAAGCUGGGAAGCACCUCCAGCUGAAGGAAACCUUCGAAAGGCACAGUCGGAUAUACACAUUCGAGAUGCAAAUCAUCAAGGCCAAAGAGAACUAUGCAGGAAACUACAGAUGCGAGGUCAGCUAUAAGGAUAAGUUUGACAGCUGUUCAUUCGAUCUUGAAGUGCGCGAAUCUACCGGGAGUACUCCAAACAUUGACAUCAGAUCUGCUUUCAAGAGAAGUGGAGAAGGUCAAGAGGAUGCAGGGGAACUUGACUUUAGUGGUCUCCUGAAACGUAGGGAGGUGAAGCAGCAGCAGGACGAGGAGCCCGAGAUAGACGUGUGGGAGCUGCUGAAAAAUGCGAACCCCAACGAGUACGAGAAGAUCGCCUUCCAGUACGGCAUCACCGACCUGCGCGGGAUGCUCAAGCGGCUCAAGCGCAUGCGCAGGGUGGAGAAGAAGAGCGCAGCUUUUGCAAAAAUUCUUGAUCCUGCAUAUCAGGUUGAUAAAGGAGGCAGAGUAAGGUUUGUUGUGGAAUUGGCAGAUCCAAAGUUGGAGGUGAAAUGGUAUAAAAAUGGUCAAGAAAUUCGACCUAGUACCAAAUACAUUUUUGAACAUAAAGGAUGUGAAAGAAUUAUGUUUAUCAAUAACUGUGGGCUCACCGACGAUUCGGAGUACUAUGUGACGGCUGGCGAUGAGAAAUGUUCCACAGAGCUCUUUGUGAGAGAGCCUCCAAUUAUGGUGACCAAGCAGCUGGAAGAUACAAAUGCUUACUGUGGGGAGAAAGUGGAAUUAGAAUGUGAGGUGUCUGAAGAUGAUGCAAACGUAAAAUGGUUUAAGAAUGGUGAAGAGAUCAUCCCUGGUCCAAAAUCAAGAUACAAAGUUAAAAUUGAGGGCAAAAAACACACUUUGAUCAUAGAAGGAGCAACCAAGGCUGAUAGUGCGGAAUAUUCUGUAAUGACCACAGGAGGACAAUCAUGUGCUAAACUCAGUGUUGGCUUGAAGCCUCUGAAAAUAUUGACCCCUCUAACUGAUCAGACUGCAAAACUUGGAAAAGAAGUCUGCUUGAAGUGCGAAGUGUCUGAAAACAUUACAGGAAAAUGGACUAAAAAUGGGCUACCUGUUCAGGAGAGUGACCGCAUCAAGGUUGUACACAAAGGAAGAAUCCACAAAUUAGUGAUAGACAAUGCUCUCAUUGAGGAUGAAGGUGAAUAUGUAUUCACACCAGAUGACUACCCUGAAACUUUGUCUGCCAAAGUUCACGUUAUUGAUCCUCCUAAAAUCAACCUGGAUGGUCUUGAUGCUGACAAUACAGUAACAGUAAUUGCAGGGAACAAGCUUCGUCUUGAGAUUCCCAUCAGUGGAGAACCUCCUCCUAAAGUUAUUUGGAGCCGAGCAGAUAAGGCCAUCAUGGAGGGCAGUGGCCGGAUAAGGGCAGAAUCUUACCCUGACAGCAGCACUCUGGUUAUCGAUGCCGCUGAAAGAGAUGAUUCUGGUGUUUACAACAUAAAUCUGAAAAAUGAAGCUGGAGAAGCACAUGCCAGCAUCAAGAUUAAAGUUGUGGACAUCCCUGAUCCUCCAGUGGCACCAAAUGUGACAGAUGUGGGAGAUGAUUGGUGCAUCAUGAACUGGGAGCCUCCUGCCUACGAUGGAGGGUCCCCGAUCUUGGGAUACUUUAUUGAGAGGAAAAAGAAACAAAGCUCCAGGUGGAUGAGGCUGAAUUUUGAGCUCUGCAAAGAAACAACUUUUGAGCCCAAAAAAAUGAUUGAAGGAGUGGCCUACGAGGUCCGUAUCUUCGCCGUCAAUGCCAUCGGCAUCUCCAAGCCCAGUAUGCCCUCCAAGCCAUUUGUUCCUUUGGCUGUAACCAGCCCGCCUACACUUCUGGCUGUUGACAAUGUAACUGACACCACCGUCACAAUGAAGUGGCGGCCCCCAGAUCAGAUCGGUGCCGCAGGGUUAGAUGGCUAUGUGCUAGAGUAUUGCCUUGAAGGAACUGAGGACUGGAUAGUUGCCAACACAGAUCUGAUUGACAAGACCAAGUUCACCAUCACGGGUCUGCCCACGGAUGCCAAGAUCUUUGUGCGUGUGAAGGCUGUGAACGCAGCCGGUGCCAGCGAGCCCAAGUACUACUCUCAGCCCAUCCUUGUGAAGGAAAUCAUAGAGCCUCCAAAGAUUCGCAUCCCACGGCAUCUGAAGCAAACCUAUAUCCGCAGAGUUGGAGAAGCUGUCAACCUGGUGAUACCUUUCCAGGGAAAACCAAGGCCAGAAUUAACUUGGAAGAAGGACGGAGCCGAAAUUGAUAAAAAUCAAAUCAACAUUCGCAACUCUGAGACUGACACGAUCGUAUUUAUCAGAAAAGCGGAGAGGAGCCACUCAGGGAAAUACGAUCUGGAGGUCAAAGUGGAGAAAUUUGUGGAAAGCGCAUCAAUCGACAUCCAGAUCGUAGACCGCCCCGGUCCACCCCAACUUGUGAAGAUUGAGGAUGUCUGGGGAGAGAAUGUUGCCCUAACAUGGACGCCACCAAAGGACGAUGGAAAUGCGGCCAUUACAGGGUACACGAUCCAGAAGGCUGACAAGAAGAGCAUGGAAUGGUUCACUGUCAUUGAGCACUAUCACCGCACCCAUGCCACCAUCACUGAACUGGUCAUAGGCAAUGAAUAUUACUUCCGGGUCUUUGCUGAAAACAUGUGUGGCCUCAGUGAGAAUGCAACAAUGACUAAAGAGAGCGCUGUGAUCGCCAAGGAUGGUAAAGUCUACAAAAAUCCAGUGUAUGAAGACUUCGAUUUCACAGAGGCGCCCAUGUUCACUCAGCCUUUGGUCAACACCUAUGCGGUAGCUGGGUACAAUGCCACUCUGAACUGCAGUGUGAGAGGAAAUCCCAAGCCCAAAAUAACCUGGAUGAAAAACAAAGUUGCUAUCAUGGAUGACCCAAGAUACAGGAUGUUCAGCAACCAAGGGGUCUGUACGCUGGAGAUCCGCAAGCCCAGCUCCUAUGACGGAGGCACUUACUGCUGCAAAGCAGUCAAUAGCCUUGGGACAGUGGAGGUCGAAUGCAAACUGGAGGUGAAAGUGAUAUAUCAAGGAGUAUAUUCCCCUGGAGAACCACUGUUCCUGGCGGGGCAGCAACAGCACAGUAAGGAUUUUUGA